AUGGCUUUUGCCAGCCGCUUUUUGCCUCAUCGCCCGAGACCAAAGACUAACAGCCAUGACCGAAACCGACAGAGCUACAAUGUUGACUCCCCCAACGAGAUGGUGGUGGACACGGACGACUAUGUCGGUGUCGCCAAUCCUCCAGACAAGGACUCGGUUGCCAUCAUCAACCCCGACGGCCUCGAACAGAGCGACUCAGACCAGCAACUCCAAGACCUUCCUCUGGCUAACGACUAUGAGGCUAUGAGAGACCUCGUCCUGCCUCCGUUACUCGACGAACCCAAGAUCCUCGAGGAUGCUCACGACACAUGGACCGUUGAGAACUGGAGGAGCAUGGGAAAGAGGGAGCAUGGCCCCAUAUUCCAGGCUGGUGGCUACCCUUGGCGGAUUCUCCUCUUCCCGCAUGGCAACAACACCGAUCAGUGUUCCAUCUACUUGGAACAUGGCUUCGAAGCAGACGCUGUGCCAGAAAACUGGAGCGCCUGUGUACAAUUUGCUCUCGUGCUUUGGAACCCCAACGACCCAACCUUGUACGUUCAUCAUGCCGCGCACCACAGGUUUACCAAGGAGGAGGGCGAUUGGGGCUUCACUCGCUUUGUCGAGCAUCGAAGAAUGUUCAAUGUGCCCUGGGAGCAUGGCACGCGGCCAUUGUGUGAGAACGACGCAGCAAACAUAACGGCCUACGUUCGUGUUGUGGAGGACGAGACCGGUGUGCUGUGGCACAACUUUAUCAACUAUGACUCUAAGAAAGAAACCGGCUAUGUCGGUCUGAAAAACCAAGGUGCUACUUGCUACUUGAACAGCUUGCUCCAGUCACUCUACUUUACCAAUGCCUUCCGCAAGGCUGUUUAUGAAAUUCCGACAGAGAACGACGAGAGCAUGCAAAAUUCUGCCUACACACUACAGCGGCUCUUCUAUCAGCUCCAGACCUCCGACCAAGCAGUUGGGACCAAUGAAUUAACCAAAUCAUUUGGCUGGGAGACGCGCCACAUCUUUGAACAGCAAGAUGUUCAAGAACUGUCACGGAAACUGAUGGAGAGGAUGGAAGAGAAGAUGAAGGGCACCAAGGCCGAAAAUGUUCUCCCAGAAAUGUUCAGUGGCAAGAUCAAGACUUACAUCUCUUGUAUCAACGUGGACUACGAAUCAAGCCGCAUUGAGGACUUCUGGGAUAUUCAGCUCAAUGUCAGUGGUAACAAGAACUUGCUGGAAAGUUUUCAAGACUACAUUCAAGUUGAGAAGAUGGACGGGGAAAACCAGUACUUUGCCGGAGACGAGCACAAGUUGCAGGAUGCCAACAAGGGCGUCAUCUUUACCAGUUUCCCCGACGUUCUGCACUUGCAGCUCAAGCGAUUCGAGUACGACAUUCAAAGGGACAUGAUGAUGAAGAUCAAUGACCGCUAUGAAUUUCCCGAUGUCUUUGAUGCCGCUCCUUAUCUGAUAGAGGAUGCCGACAAGUCUGAGCCCUGGACAUACCAACUUCACGGAGUACUCGUCCACAGUGGUGAUUUGAACGCGGGGCACUACUACGCCUUUAUCAAGCCAGAGAAGGAUGGAUGGUUCUACAAGUACGACGACGACAAAGUCACACGCGCCACAUCCAGAGAAGUUUUGGAGGAGAAUUUUGGUGGAGAGUACAGGACUCCCAACGGGUAUCCUCGUGCUCCGCUUCAAAAGAAGGCCCCAGUCAUUCGCCAGAACAGCGCAUACAUGUUGGUGUACAUCCGUCAGUCGAAACUCGACAAGAUUCUGUGCGAUGUACAGAAGAAUCACAUCCCUCUGCACCUGCAACAGCGGUUCGAAGAAGAGUAUGCCCUUAAGGAGGCACGCAGGCGUGAGCAGCGAGAAGCACAUCUCUACAUGAUGGCCAAGGUCAUCACGGACGAUACAUUCCGUCACUAUGGCUCUACCGAUCUGUGUACAUUUGACUCGAACCAGGAGACGGAUGAGGCUUCGCCACGAUCCUACCGAGUCCGCCGCGCGAUGACCAUGGAAGAGUUCACCAACCAGGUUGCGAAAGACAUGGACCAAGAUCCUCGCAAAGUGCGACUCUGGCUGAUGGUGAAUCGGCAAAACAAGACCAUUCGGCCUGAUCAGCCAAUCAUGGAUCUCCGCCCAACCGUCGAAGAAAUUUACAGUCGAUCCGCCGCGCACCGGGACACCAGCCUGCGGGUCUGGGCUGAGGUUGCUGAGCAGCUGGAUGCUGAUGGCGAGCCUAUCUGGCCAUCGUACCAGAGCCAGGCAAACGGUGUAGUCGUUAAGAACGAUACCAUUCUCUUGUUUCUAAAGCACUUUGACGCCGAUACUCAAGCUUUACGCGGCGUUGGCCACGUCUACAUUGGCAAGGAGAGGAAAGUUGAGGACUUGGUCCCCCAGAUACUUGAGAAGAUGGGCUGGGGCGACAAGCUGCCUGCCGAGGAGAAGCUUCUCUUGUGGGAAGAAAUCAAACCAACCAUGAUUGAGCCCUUGAAAGCCAAACAGACUCUCAAAGUUGCUGAGCUGCAGGAUGGUGAUAUUAUUUGCUUCCAGCGCUCAUCUGGACGCCAAGCAGAACAAGCAGAGGCACAAGACAGACCCCUGCAAGAGCCUCGAUCCUUGGAGCGAUUCGAGGACGCCCGAGAAUACUACGACUUCCUUGAGAACAAGAGAACCGUUCGAUUUCACCCCCACCCGACCAGAUGCGACCAGACCCAGUAUUCGCCAUUUGACCUUGUCCUCAACUCGAAGAUCAACUACGAUGCACUCUCGGAGAGAGUUGGUUCUUACUUGAGCAUUCCGCCUACGCAUAUUCGCCUUUGGACCGUCAAUGCCACGACAAACAACCCCAAAGCCCCAGUCCGACGGGGAACUAACCCUAGUCUGAGACAGAUAUUAAAUCCAAUGGGAAACAGUCUCAAUUCCAGCCAGCGGGGAGAUGCGUUCUACUUUGAGGUACUGGAAAUGAGCCUGGCCGAGCUAGAUACCAAGAAGAGCAUCAAGAUCACUUGGUUGAGCGAGGGUAUUACCAGAGAGGAUCAUUUUGACUUGCUUGUCCCAAAAACCGGCACCAUUGACGACCUGAUCCAAGCUUUGGUGAAAAAGGCCCAAAUACCCGACGAACAGGAAGGCGGCAAGAUAAGAGUGUAUGAAACGAGCUCAAAUAGAUUCUAUCGGGAACCACGUAGAGAGCAUCCGGUUAUGAACCUCAACGAGUACACACAACUCUACGCCGAGCGAAUGUCGGAUGACGAGGCCCUGGCACCCGAAGAGAACUUUAUUCAAGUCUUUCACUUCCAGAACGAAGUAAAUAGAGUUCACGGCAUACCAUUCCAAUUCCUUCUCGUCGAGGGUGAGAAAUUUGCAGACACCAAGAAACGCCUUGAGAAGCGUACUGGCCUCAAAGGCAAGAGUUUUGAAAAAAUCAAGUUUGCAGUCGUCCGCCGGGCAAAUUACUCAAAACCCCAAUAUCUCAGUGACGAUGAUGAAUUAUGGACCAUGGCGGCAACCGAGGAUGAUUAUCUCGGCCUCGAUCACGUGGAUAGAACCAGAUCGCUCAGAAAUGGCGUUGGGGAUCUCUUUCUUCGAUAA